AUGGUCGCGAUCACAGAAGAUACUUUUGCCCCUCGAUUUGCGAUUCUACAAGACUUGUUCAGCGACAGCAUAUCUACACAGCAAGCCGUUGAAUAUUUGGCCUCCAUCUCCUUGGCAGACGAGUCAGAUCCCGAGGGAGGAAUUACCAGCCUAUGGAGCUUGAUAUUCAAGUGUGCAUACGACUUCCCCGAUCACCAUGACAAACUCGUCAAUGUGCUAGUCCAACUCUCAAAACUCCCCAAUGCAAAAACAUCAACCGGGAAUUCCAUUUCGCUGCACGAUAUGCAAGUCUGGAAAGACCUACCAAUGCUUGGCUGGCAACUCCGCGAUGAGUGGAAUGCAUCCGUACCGGCUGGACCCUCCGACUCUCGCCAAAACGCAAUCUCGCGAAUUAUCAACCGGGACAGAUUCACCGCACGGUUAAUGGCGACAAAAGAGCCUGUCUUUAUAUACUCCUGGUUUGCGCUGAUUACCUUGCGCGAGGCACUGGAAAUACCAACAGAGCAAUCCGGGGGAAACUAG